GUUUACUUCUUCCGCUGGCUUUGAACGCCGUGACUGCUUUUUCAAUUCAGUAGCGGAAAGACGAAAGGAAACCUCUUGGAAUAAGUGUCCACAGCUUAUACCUCAAAGAUGAUAAAUUAUUCACCAGUGAUACAUAUAAUCAUUUAUCUUCUGCUCUUGGUAAUCGUCACACUGCAACGCGUCGAGAAUGCAAGUAUUGGAGGAGAUAUCACUGUCGAUACCACUCUAACACUAAAUGGGUCAGCUUAUGUUGUAUCUAAAGACCUUGUUGUAGCUGAGAACGCCACUUUAACUAUAGAACCAGGAGUCCAAUUGCUCUUUAAAGCUGGAGUUGCUUUACAAGUGAAAGGCUCUUUGCAAGCAAAAGGAAACUCGAAUGGCAGAAUCGCUUUCAGCAAAAUACCAACAAACAGCUCAGAAAAUGUGGACGAUUUGAACGUUACGGCGCCUUAUAAUAAUGGAAGUCGCCUUGUUGGCGGGAAAAAUUAUCGAGUUGGUCGCCUCGAGAUAUUUCUAAGAGGACAAUGGGGGACUGUGUGUGAUGACUCGUUUGAUAUCAACGAUGCUCGGGUUGCUUGCAGACAGCUGGGUUUCUUGGGAGCCAAAAGGUUCUACAGACACGGCAGGGGAACGGGGCCCACUUGGUUGGACGAUGUGAACUGCAUGGGGACUGAGGAGAGUUUGCUGGAGUGCAAAUAUCCUGGAAUCGGAGUUGAAAAUUGUGGUCAUUUUGAGGAUGUUGGAGUAGAAUGCCACAGCUUAGCAAAGUUACUGUCGAGCAAAGUUUACUGGAAGGGAAUCGAUUUUUCCAGCACACAAAAGACUUCAUCUCUUCAAUAUGUGGACAUGUCCCUGGGCUAUGAAGCCAUCAUAGGCGGCGAAUACCUCCCAGACCUUGAACAUGUGACAAUAAAAGGUUCUCUACAUAGUGUGAGGUCUGACAAUCUCAGUUCUCCACUGACCAUUAACGACACCAGCAUCAAAGACAACCAAUUUGCAGGAAUCCGGAUUAAAGGCAGAUCAAAGGCAGUAACGAUUCAGAACACAGCAGUGUGGAACACAACAAAUGGAGACGGGCUGUCCUAUAGCCAGAUAGUUCCUGAUCCAGUGGAUUUUUGUUCUGUGGAUGUGAAUGCUAUCACAUUUCCAAUCAAUUUGCAGGCUUUGGGUAAAGCAAGAACGAAUGUUGAAUGCACCAAGGGUAAGCUGUUGCAAAGGGUUGCGCUGCUGUAA